GAAGUUAUGAAAAAGAAUUAGGAAUCGGAUUACAACGGGACGAACCCCGGGCGAAAGGAAAUGAAGAAUCGAAAUUGGGGGAACAAAAUCAUGUCCAAAUUCCAAUGGCGUAGUCAGCCUCCAGGCCAGCAGUAAUCUAUCUCAUUCUCACCUUUCGUCAGCUAUAUCACGUUUUCCCUAAUCUUCUUUCUUUCUUGCACAUAUAUUCUACACUUUCAAUAAAUCCCAGAAUUUCUUUUAUUUUUCCACAUUCAUCUGAAAAACCCUUCAAAAUAAACCCAGAAAUUCUCGCUUUCAUGUGCUGUAAGCUUCUGGGCUAUUAGGUUUUGCUGCGAGGACUCAUCUUUUUUGUUCAUCGUCGAUUGUAAUUUUUUUAGGCCAUGGAUGAUUCUGACGAUGAACGCAGGUUUUCGUAUCGUUCAAAGCCAGCAAUCCGAAACCCUCAUCCUUAUUCCAUCAGUGGUGGUCACUACACAAACAGUGUAGGGUAUGCCCGGCAAGAUGAUUUUGAUGAGGAAGAAGAAAACCCACAAUUCAAUAAUUCUCCAAACGAAUUUUAUUAUCAAUCCUAUUACGAGGAGGAAGCCCAGAGGAACAAGAAGAAGCGGAAGAUGGAACCUUUGAGUUCGAAUUUCGAGCUCGUCCAUCGCUCUGCGCUUAAUCCCAAUCUUGGUGGGAGUUCAACGGGUUCUUGGAAUGAAGAGGGUAGUUUUGUUUUGUUAGAAGUGUGGGGGGAAAGGUACUUGGAGUUGGGGAGGAGGAGUUUGAGGGGUGAGGAUUGGGUUGAGGUGGCUGAGAAAGUUUCUGAGAUGACUGGCGUGGAGAGGACUGAGUUGGAGUGCAGGAAUCAAUUGGAUGUGUUGAAGAAGAAAUACAAGAAAGAGCGAGCCAAAAUGGAGAGAGUUGGAGGAGGGUUUGUUAGCAAUUGGGUGUUUUUCAAGAAGAUGGACGUGCUUUUGAAUUUGAGGAUGAGAGGGCAUUGUGGGUUAGGCUGUGGGGUUGAUUCAGGAGAAUAUGUGUUCAUGAAUCCCCGGAUUUAUUUGGACAAGUCCAAUGUGUUAGAUGAGAUGAGGGACAGUCCAGGAGUGUCAGAUGAGGAAGGCGAUGUGGAAGAUGAGGAGUUAGAAAGAGGGGAGGAGGUACUUGAUGGGAAAUCAGCUAAAUUGUUGGCUGAUUCCAUUCAAAGAUUUGGUGAGAUUUAUGAGAAAAUAGAGAGUAGUAAGAGGAGACAAAUGAUGGAGUUGGAAAAGUUGAGGAAGGAUUUCCAGAAGGAAAUGGAAUUGCAAAAGAAGGAGAUUGUUGAGAGGGCACAGGCUGAGAUUGCUAAACUAAGGGAAGAAGGAGAGGAAGAGGAGGAGGACGACGAUGAGGAGGAAGACGAGGACGAGGACGACAGCGAGGAUGAUGAUAACAAUGCUGAUGAGGAGGACGGUCCCAAAGAAGAUAUCCGUGGGUGAUGCUGGUGCUUUUGCAGUGUAGAACUUAUUUGUCAGCAGGCUUGAAGGAAGGCUAAUUUGGGAGUUUGAGAGUAAAGGAGAUCGAAUGAUGUUAACUGAAAAAUCACCUCUGGAGAAUUGCCCUUCAUCCAGACUUUUGAGGCAACGGAACACGCGAGGAAGAUUGCCUGCUGGGUGUUUGGGAAAAGUUUUGGUUGCCUUCGAGUAUCUAAAGAUUAGUUAGCUGUUUUUUUCAUUUCUCUUUUCCCGAGUACUUUUAGUUUGCUUGUUUUCUGAGGGUGACAAAGUCUGUAUUUACUGUUAGGCUGGGUACGAAAAUUUGAUAGUUGAGGUUUAGAUAGUUCUAUUUGUUUUCUUCCCGAAUCUUGAUAUCUAUCGAAGUUGUGCGUGCUAUUCCUCGCAUUAAUUUCUUGUCCAACUCUUGACCUGUUUUGUAUAAUUUGGUAUGAAAGGAUUAGUGCCUCAGAGUCUUAUCAACCGUGUUUUUUUCCAGCUUAGAAAAAAUGUUGGCUGAUUAAGGAAGGCUAAUAGCCAAUUUGCAUUCAUGCGAUUGUUAGUUGGUAGUUUGGAGUAUUUUUUUAGGAAGUGUCUUUUUUCUCAUCAUAAAAAUAGU